AUGGGCCUCUACCGCAUCCAAGUGGCCACCGGGGCCUGGCUCUUCUCCGGGUCGUUCAACUGCGUGCAGCUGUGGCUGGUCGGGGAGCGCGGGGAGGCGGAGCUGGAGCUGCAGUUGCGGCCAGCGAGGGGACAGGUGGAGGAGUUUGAGCAGGACGUUCCCCAGGACUUGGGGGCACUGCAGUUCGUGAAGUUGCGCAAACACCACUCCCUGGUGGACGAUGCCUGGUUCUGUGACCGCAUCACCGUGCAGGGACCAGAAGCCUUAGAGGAGGCCGCCUUCCCCUGCUACCGCUGGGUGCAGGGCGAGGGCGUGCUGACCCUGCCUGAGGGCACCGGAAACAAUACCUGGGAUGUGUUCCAGAAGCAUCGAGAACAGGAACUGGAGGAAAGACAGCAAAUCUACUGCUGGGCCACCUGGAAGGAAGGGUUACCCAUGACAAUUGCUGCAGGCAGUAUAGAUGAUCUGCCUCCAAAUAUGAGAUUCCAUGAGCAGAAGAAGCUGGAUUUUGAAUGGACAGCAAUUACAGGGAUUGUGGAGAUUGCUCUCAAAUAUGUUUAUACCCUCCCGAGAUCCUGGAACAGCCUAGAAGAUUUUGAUGAAUUAUUCUGGGGACAAAAGACUGCCCUGGCUGAGAAGGUUCAAAAGUGCUGGCAGGAUGAUGAGCUUUUUGGCUACCAGUUCCUCAAUGGGGUCAACCCAAUGCUAUUGAGACGCUCCACCUCUCUGCCCUCCCGGCUGGUAGUACCCUCAGGGAUGGAGGACCUUCAGGCCCAGUUGGAGAAAGAACUCCAGAACGGUUCCCUGUUUGAGGCUGACUUCAUCCUACUGGAUGGAAUUCCAGCCAAUGUGGUCCAAGGAGAGAAGCAGUACCUGGCUGCCCCCCUUGUCAUGCUGAAGAUGGAACCCAGUGGGAAGCUGCUACCCCUGGUCAUCCAG